AUGGCUCCUUUAGUCUGGCUCAUCACGGGCUGCUCGUCCGGCUUUGGCGCCCAGUUUGUGCACUCAGCUCUCGCCUGUGGGGACAAGGUCAUCGCGACGGGACGCAACGCGGCGACGAAGCUGAAACACUUGGAGGGCACCGGCGCGGCCAUCGUUGACUUGGACGUCAGCCUACCCGAGGCUGAGGUCAAGAAAAUCGUCGACGAGGCAGCCAAGAUCUAUGGCCGGAUCGACGUGCUGAUCAACAACGCCGGUUAUGGCCUGAACGAGGAUUACCAAAAGCUCUUCAGCGUGAAUGUCUUUGGCGCCCUCUCCGUCACUCGCGCGGUACUUCCGUACAUGCGCGCCCAGCAGUCCGGCACCAUUGCCUUUGUCGGUUCCAUGUAUGCUUGGUGGACACCCGCCAUGGUGACGAUAUACGGCGCGGCGAAGGCGGCACUCAAAGCCAUCGUCGACGGUCUCGCCGCCGAGGUUGCCCCGUUCGGCAUCCGCACCAUCGACUUCGAGCCGGGAUAUUUCCACACUCCGCUUACGGAGCUGGCAAAGCUCGUCCAAUAUGCUUCCACCGCACCGUCGCUGGACGCGUAUGCGGGCCACCGUGCGGGAAUGGUCGCUCUGGCGCAGUCCCUUGACGGCAACGAGCGCGGCGACGUCAAGAAGGGCGUCGAGCUGAUGGUGGACGUCAUCCGCGGCGAAGGGUGUGCCGGCGGCGGAAGAAAGGUGCCCUCGAGGCUGCCGAUUGGGGACGACGCCGUGAGAGUGGUUGAGGGCGCGUGUCAUAAUAUGCUGAAGGUGAUCGAUGCGUGGAGAUCUGAUGUGGCUGGGACGACCGAUAGGGAUGAGUUUAAGGGCGAGAACGGGUUCGAAGCUGUUGUAACGGUACCGGAUGUCGAGUUGUGA